CAUGCUCACCAUCUCUCUCUCUUUCUUCAACCAUGUAUAUACAUCUAUAAAUAAGCAAGACAUUAGAUACUUCUCUUCCUCACAACCAAAACAUAUAUAAAGUGAUCAUCAGGAAAUGAGUGUAGAGAUCCUCGACGGCGAAACAAUACGAAGCUUCGUCGAAGACGAAGAGGCCUUCAACGUUGCCAUUCAUUUAUGGUUCACUGACCUUGACACCAAUAAUGAUGGACGGCUUUCCUACAUUGAGUUGAAUAAGGAGCUCAUGAGCUUGAGGGUGUUUGAAAAGCACUUUGGUGUGGAUGACAAUGUGUUGAGCCAUGAAGAGCUUGUUCAAGUUUAUGGUGGUUUGUUUUCAAGCUUUGAUCAUGAUGGUGAUGGAGUUGUGGACUUGGAUGAGUUUAAGGCUGAGAUGAAGAAGAUGAUGCUGGCUGUUGCCGAGGGGUUGGGAUUUUUGCCCGUGCAAAUGGUGGUGGAGGAGGGGAGUCUUCUCAAGAGAGCUGUGGAGAGGGAAAUAGCUAUGAAGAUUGCUGCAUGAGAGUUGCCUUACGAUUUACAACAAUUUAUAUAUGUUCUGAUUGAAGCCUUUUUGGAGAUAUUGUUUUUCAUGCAUUUGAUUAAGUUAAGGGAUUUAUAUGUCAUUUCUUUAAGAUGUUAUAGAG